AUGAGCAGAUCAUUAAAACUUUCACAAGCAUUGUCUGCAAAAGAAGCCUCUGAUAAUGAAUUAAGAAAUUCAGAUAAAUCAUUGUGGUAUUCUAUUAAUAAUAAAAGUAUGGAUCCUAAUGUUUAUAAUCUUUACUUUCCACUUACAUAUGAUGAUGAAACUAAUUCAUUUUUAAAUAAUUCAUUAGAAUUAAGUAAUAAUUUAUUUUGGCAGAUGUUUUAUUCCAUAUCAAUGGGAAUGUUAUCUCUAUUUACUACCAAAACAAAUAUUAAUGGAAUAUUAAAUAGAGGACAUAUGCAUAUUUUUUCAACAUCACAAUUACAGAAAUUUAUGGAUUUACCAUCUGAUUGGAAUUCAAUAGAUAAAAGUGUUCUUGAUCUUGGUGCAGGAGAUGGUGUUGUAACAGAAAAAUUGUCAACAUUUUAUAAAAAUGUUUAUACAACAGAAUUGUCUCCAGUUAUGCAAUGGAGAUUAAAAAAAAAAGGAUUUAAAGUAAUUGAUGCUCAGACGUGGUUUGAACAUGAAAUAAUUAAAGAAAAAAAAGUUGAUUUGAUAUCAGUUUUAAAUUUACUUGAUAGACAUUAUAAUCCAAAGUUAUUAUUAUCACAAUUACAUGAAGUUUCCCUUCAUACUGGUGCACCAAUUUUAAUGGCUGUUGUAUUACCAAUAAAACAGUUUGUAGAAUUUCAUCCAUUAUCUCAAAAGUAUACUGCAGAUACAAGUAUAUCUGUUAAAGGACGGACAUUCGAAGAACAGGCUCAAAGUUUGAUUAAUGAUAUAUUUAUUCCUAACUCUUUUGAAGUAAUAAAAUUUUCAAAAGUACCUUAUUUAUGUGAAGGUGACCAUGUUAAAGCUUAUUAUCGUCUUACAGAUGCAUUGUUCCUAUUGAAAGCUUUACCAAAAAAUAAAGAAAUUGUGGAAAAUUUAAAAGAUAAUGACAGCAUUGAAAUUAAAAGACAAGAACUCUAA